UGUGGGCAGGCGGGGGCUCCAUGUUCCCUGGUCUCGACUCUUCUGCAAACUAGAGAGAGACAACGCUGGACACGAUUUCAGCCACACCGGCUACUAUUGGAAGCUAUUAAGAAAAAAAUGUUUAAUCUUCGAAAAGACAGCCACUCCCCAAUUUUGUGGGCAUACCGCUCUUUAGCAGUGUUGAAGAAGAUUUAUUGGGCAUGCGAAUAAGUAGAUAAUCCGACCGGUCAACCUGAGAUUCGACGGGAGGAAAACACGACAUCACUUGUCGGGAUUAAAGCAAAUGGGACCCACUGGGCCUCGAGUCUGAGUGAAGGGAAUACGGUGGCGACGCUUAGAACAAGGCAAAUCUAUGGAUAAACAUUGUUUAUCAAAAUGUCGGUAUUUUCUUUUUUCUAGCUAGCUAGCAAAUUGGAGUUUGGGAUUUCAGGGGUGUAUUCAUUAACUCUUGUAACGUUAACUAUUUAUUGUUUAAGCACUAAUCGGAAGCAAACAGUGCAAACUAAACGGGGAGGGACCCACCUGAAUGUGUCCAAUAAACUCAUUUUCCUUUCAAAACGUUUCCGUUUGGAGUAAGCGGUUUCUGUUUCAAAACGUUUUGCAACAUACUCGGCAUAAUGAAUACACCCAAAUGCUCCACUUUGGCAAAAUAAAUCUUUACUUUUUCGGUUGCGCUUGAAGGGGGUAGGGUUAGAUUUCUUCUUCCAUACCAACUCGGGGAGCGAUUUUUCGAAUAAGAGAGUGGUAACUAACUUAGCUCAUUGAUGAUAGGAAAAUGUCAGCGAAGGUACGCCUGAAGAAGUUGGAGCAAUUGCUCGUGGACGGAACCCAAAAGAAUGCAAGUUCACUGAGCGUCGAGACACUUCUGGAUAUACUGAUAUGUUUGUACAACGAAUGCAGCAACUCUCAUUUGAAACGAGAGAAGCACGUGACAGACUUUCUGGAAUGGGUGAAGCCAUUCACCACCACCGUGAAGGAGAUGCGUCUGCACAGGGAAGACUUUGAGAUGCUCAAGGUGAUCGGCAGGGGAGCAUUUGGCGAGGUUGCGGUGGUGAAGAUGAAGAACACAGAACGCGUGUACGCCAUGAAGAUCCUGAACAAGUGGGAGAUGCUGAAGAGAGCAGAGACGGCGUGUUUCCGCGAGGAGAGAAACGUUCUAGUGAACGGAGACGGUCAGUGGAUCACCACCCUCCACUACGCCUUCCAGGACGACAACUUCCUGUACCUGGUGAUGGACUACUAUGUGGGUGGUGACCUCUUGACCCUGCUCAGUAAGUUCGAGGACCGUCUCCCAGAGGACAUGUCCAAGUUUUAUGUGGCCGAGAUGGUGCUGGCCAUCCACUCUAUACACCAACAACACUACGUACACAGAGAUAUCAAGCCAGACAACGUGCUGCUAGACAUGAAUGGCCACAUCCGGUUGGCCGACUUUGGCUCCUGCCUGAAGAUGAUGCUGGACGGCACGGUAAAGUCGUCUGUGGCUGUUGGCACUCCGGACUACAUUUCCCCUGAGAUCCUGCAGGCCAUGGAGGACGGCAUGGGGAAGUACGGCCCAGAGUGCGACUGGUGGUCGCUGGGGGUCUGUAUGUAUGAAAUGCUCUACGGGGAGACGCCCUUCUAUGCAGAGUCACUGGUGGAGACCUAUGGCAAGAUCAUGAACCACGAGGAGCGUUUCCAGUUCCCCUCAAACAUCAGUGAUGUGUCGGAGGACGCCAAGGACCUGAUCUCGAAUCUCAUCUGCGGCCGCGAGCGCCGCCUGGGCCAGAACGGUAUCGGUGACUUCAAGGACCACCCAUUCUUCGCUGGCAUCGACUGGGAUCACAUCCGCUCCACCGAGGCGCCCUACAUCCCCGACGUCAGCUCCCCAUCUGACACCUCCAACUUCGACGUAGACGACGAUAUUCUUAAAAACCCGGACAUUGCCCCUCCAGUUACGCACACCGGCUUCACUGGCCAGCACCUGCCCUUCGUGGGCUUCACCUACACCACGGACAGCUGCUUCUCGGACUGCGGCAGCGUCAACAGAGCCGGCCUGUCCGACGGGGGCUCCCAGGAGGGCGGUCACAGGGACCAGGAGAGGGAGCUGGGGGUGGAGGUUUUCGAGAGGAGGAUCCGCCAGCUGGAGCAGGAGAAGCAAGAGCUGAGUCGCAAGCUGCAGGAGUCCACUCAGGCUGUGCAGUCUCUCCACGGGCCUGGCCGUGGGGCCUCCACCCAGGGCCGAGACAAGGAGAUGAAGAAGCUCAACGAAGAGAUCGAGAGGCUCAAGAAGAAACUUGCAGACUCUGAUAAGCUGGAGCACCAGCUGGAGGAGGUGGUGACGCUGCGCCAGGACUUCGAGAGCUCCUCCUCCAAGCUGAAGACCCUGGACAAGCAGGUCAAAGCCCUGAGACUACAGAAGGAGGAAAUCCACAAGCAACUGGUGGAGUCCCUGGAGCGCCUCAAGUCCCAGACCAAGGAGCUGAAUGAGGCCCAUAGCCAGCGGAAACUGGCCCUUAAGGAGUUUUCUGAGCUGAGUGAACGAAUGGCCGAGCUGCGUUCCACCAAGCAGCGCCUCUCGCGCCAGCUCCGCGACAAGGAGGAGGAGAUGGAUGCUGCUGUAAAGAAGGUGGACGCAAUGCGCCAGGACAUCCGCAAGACUGAGAAGGCUCGCAAGGAGUUGGAGGCCCAGUUGGAGGAUGCCAAGGCGGAGGCAUCUAAGCAGCAUAAGCUGCGCGAGCACAGCGAGGUCUACUCCAAACAGCUGGAGAUGGAUCUGGAGAACCUCAAGGUGAAGCAGCUGGGCAGCGUGCGCGGCAGCGGAAGCAGCAGCCCAGGGCUGCUUCAGGAGCUGUCCAAGGUAAAGUCGGAGCUGGACAAGAAGGUGCUGUUCUACGAGGAGGAGCUGGUGCGCCGCGAGGCCUCCCACACCAGCGAGCUCAAGGGCCUCCGGAAGGAGCUCCACGACUCGGAGGGCCAGCAGCUCUCCCUUAACAAAGAGCUGCGCGUGCUCAAGGACAAGCUGGAGAAAGCCAAGAAAGAGAGGCAAACCGAGAUGGACGAGGCAGUGGGCGCUCUGAAGGACAAGUAUGAGCGUGAGCGCAGCAUGCUGACCGAGGACAACAGCAAGUUGACCGCAGAGACCGACCGGCUGUGUACGUUUGUGGACAAGCUGACCGCUCAGAACCGUCAGCUGGAGGACGAGCUGCAGGACCUGGCCUCUAAGAAGGAGAGCGUUGCUCACUGGGAGGCCCAGAUUGCUGAGAUCAUCCAGUGGGUGAGCGAUGAGAAGGAGGCCCGCGGCUACCUGCAGGCCUUGGCCUCCAAGAUCACCGAGGAGCUCGAGUCACUCCGCUGCUCCAGCCUGGGCUCCAGACCCCUGGACCCCCUGUGGAAGGUGCGUCGCAGCCAGAAGCUAGACAUGUCGGCCCGUCUGGAGCUGCAGUUGGCCCUGGAUGCCGAGAUUCGGGCCAAGCAGCUGGUCCAGGAGGAGCUCCGCAAGUGUAAGGCUGCCAACAUCUCCUUUGAAAGCAAACUGAAGGAUUCUGAGUCCAGGAGCAGGGAGAUGGCGGAGCAGCUGAAGAGCAUGAAGAAGGACUUGGAGAGCUGCUCCCGCUCGGUCAAAGGGAUGAAGCUGCCUGAUUUCCAGGACUCAAUUUUCGAGUACUUCAAAACCUCUCCCCUGGCCCAUGACCUGACGUUCAGAGGCAGCUCUGUCAGCGAAAUUGACGCCACGCCCCAGAAGUCCGACGUCCUCUCCCCGUCAAUCUCUGUGGCAUCCGAACAGGAUGAGCCAGUCCCCAAGCCCCCUGCUGCUGCCCCUGCCGCCCUGUCCCCUGUCUAUCAGACAUCUCUGCUGACCGCACCAAAGCCCAAAGCACACCAGCUGAGCAUCAAGACCUUCUCCAGCCCCACCCAGUGCACCCACUGCAGCUCCUUGAUGGUGGGCCUCAUCCGCCAGGGCUACGCCUGCGAAGUGUGCUCCUUCAUCUGCCACGUGUCCUGUAAGGACAACGCCCCCCUGGUGUGCCCCAUCCCCCCCGAGCAGGCCAAGAGGCCGCUGGGCAUCGACGUACAGAGGGGCAUCGGCACCGCCUACAAGGGCUUCGUCAGGAUCCCCAAGCCCACGGGGGUGAAGAAGGGCUGGCAACGGGCGUACGCCGUGGUGUGUGACUGUAAACUCUUCCUGUACGAGGUGCCUGAGGGCAAGUCCACCCAGCCGGGCGUGGUGACCAGUCAGGUCCUGGACCUCAGGGAUGAGGAAUUUUCCGUCAGCUCCGUCAUGGCCUCAGACGUCAUCCACGCCACCCGCAAAGAUGUCCCCUGCAUAUUCAGGGUGACAUCAUCCCUGUUGAGCUCGCCAGUGUGCACCGCCUCCCUACUGGUGCUGGCGGAGAGCGAGGCAGAGAAGAGGAAGUGGGUUGGCAUCCUGGAGGGCCUUCAGAGCAUCCUGGCCAAGAACCGCCUCAGGAACUGCGUGGUGCACGUCAUGCACGAGGCCUACAACUCGUCACUGCCCGCCAUCAAGACCAUGCUCUCCGCCGCCAUCGUCGAUCGAGAGCGUAUUGCCCUGGGCACAGAGGAAGGCCUGUUUGUAGUGGAGGUCACCAGAGAUGUGAUCGUCCGGGCGGCUGACUGCAAGAAGGUGCACCAGAUCGAGCUGAUCCCAAAAGAGAAGAUGGUGGCCCUGCUGUGCGGACGCAACCGCCACGUGCACCUGCACCCCUGGGGGGCGCUGGAGGGGGCUGAGUCGGCCUUUGACAUCAAGUUGACAGAGACCAAGGGCUGCCAGGCGCUGACCACCGGCAUGCUGCGUCCCGGGGGACCCGCCUGCCUGCUGGCCGCCAUCAAGCGCCAGGUGCUGUGCUAUGAGAUCACCUGGGCCAAGCCGCACCACCGCAAGCUGUGGGAGGUGCAGGCCCCGGGGGUGGCCCAGUGGCUGGGCAUGGUGCGUGAGCGCCUGUGCGUGGGCUACCCCUCGGGCUUCGCCCUGCUGGCCCUCCAGGGUGAGUCAUCGCCCGUAAGCCUGGUGAGCCCCGGGGACCCGUCGCUGGCCUUCCUGGCCCAGCAGCCCCUGGACGCGCUGCACGCCCUGGAGGUGGGCACGGCCGAGCUGCUGCUCUGCUUCAGCCAGCUAGGCAUCUAUGUGGACCCCACAGGAAGGAGGAGCAGGGCCCAGGAACUGAUGUGGCCCGCCACGCCGCUAGCCUGCAGCUCCAACUUGUCUUACCUGACGGUGUACAGCGAGUACGGAGUGGAUGUGUUUGACAUCCACACCACCGAGUGGGUCCAGACCAUUUCACUGAGGAAGAUAAGGCCUCUGAAUGUGGAGGGCAGUCUGAACCUGCUGGGCUCCGAACAACCACGCCUCAUCUACUUCAGCAACAACUCCACAGAAGGUGACCUGGCCAUCCCGGAGACGUCUGGCAACAGUAAGAAGCUGAUGAUGAGGACACGCAGCAAGAGAAAGUUCCUCUUCAAGGUCCCCGAGGAGGAGAGACUUCAGCAGAGGAGAGAGAUGCUGAGGGACCCUGAGCUGAGAUCCAAGAUGAUCUCUAACCCAAUCAACUUCAACCACGUGGCACACAUGGGCCCCGGCGACGGCAUGCAGGUCCUCAUGGAUCUGCCUCUGCAGAGCGAGAGCACCACCCCCCCCCCCUCAUCCUCCCGUCACCACGCCCUGAUCUCCCCACCGAGCAACUUUGAGCACAUCUAUCACAUGAGCCUUGUGUCGGCCGACCUCUACCUGCAAAAAGAACCUGCCACCACCACCUACUCGCUGCAGCACUGCAUCCUGCCCCAGUUCUCCUCCUCUCCCUCCACCUCCUCCCUAGGAAGGAGUGUGAUGCAUUCUUCUCAGGACGACCCGGCCAAGGAUAAGCCCCGCCCGCUAUCCAGUAUCUCCCGGCAACAGAGGAGCAAGACCCACAUCACCCGCACAGCCUCUGGUGCAGACUUUGGAGAAGCAGGAUCGUCGCGGAACAUCUCCGACCCAGACGGGGACUUCGAAAGAGAGCCGGACUGGGACUCCACCAAGCACUCCACGCCCUCCAACAGCCCCAACUCUCCCCACCGCAGCCAGCUAACGCUGGAUGGCCUGGAACACGCCCUGGAUGGCUGAGGACCCCACCACCUUACACACAUAAUGCGUGCUUAAUCACUCGACGCACCUACAUUCAACAUAGUACUUGUGUAUCGCUGCAAAAGUGCCAAGAACAGACUGUGUCCCAGCCACCCCCACCCUGAUUUUUGAUGAAGGUUUAUCGGUUUGGUUCCCCCCAUUCCUACUUGUCUCCUUUCCUCUCUUCCUUUUCACUUUUUUAAGGGAGGGUGCCACCAGGUACACCCCACAGCACUACUAGCAAUCCUGUGUUGACGGCUCUCCCCAACACACACACACCUCUCCAGUUCCCUGUUGGAGGAGCCACCCAUUUUCCUAUGAGUUUUUAAGGGUUAUUAAUACUUAGUUUAGGUUAUUGAUACAUAGAUGCAUGCGAGGAACUGAAUUAAAAACCAAGGUCAAUGACGAUAGGACACUCACAGGAAAAAAAGCAUUCAUGAUGAACUAUCCUAAUCAUAGGUAUAUGUUUGUGUUUCUAAACAAAGAUUAGAGAAAAGAGUGAAGGAUAACUUUUUGUUUUUAAACUGUAGAGUAUGGGGUACACACAACUGAAUAGUGAAAGAAAGGGCAACCUUCAAAGGGACCAUAAACCCCCCACAUUCCAGCCCCUGCCAUACUGGCGUUGUAACCCCUAUUGAGCUGUUCACGGACAAGUGGCCAUUCAUUUGAGAGCAGUACCUACCCAGGGGACGAGCUGCCACUCAACAGACUGCAGGGGUUUUACUGUUAAGCUAAACCAGUGGGCAUCUUUUACAGUAAUUACACAUCUCCCGCCAGCCUUCAUGACGUGGAUUAUUUUUAACUUAGAUCUUUUGCCAUAAAAGUAUAGUUGGCAAAACCAAUGUGCCAUAGCCACAUAAUCAUGAGACUAAGACAAAGUGGGAAUCUGAACAGUGAAAAGGACCACAACUCAUAGGAUUAUUAAUGAGUUCUCACAAGCUGCUGCAGUCGUUUGCUCUGUUUAAAUAAGUAUGUGUGUGAAGAGCCGCUCACCAUAGAGAGAGAAACUCCUGGACAAGGCCCUUCAUUUUUAAUCGUUCGAUCAUGAGUGAGAAGCAUUAGCCUAGUCAAAUAAAAUAAAAAUAGCGGAGGUGUAGUCAUAGCACCGUACCGCCACAAGGGGGCAUGUGAAUAUUGGUCCUCCUCAAUUGUGGGACGUUUCAUUGUACAUUAAGAAGCGUGAGAUACUGCACAGGCAUGUGUGGCAUAUCCAGUUUAAUCACUAGUGUGCCUUCAGUGCCAUUUUCUUUUUUUGUCUUGCAGCACCACAUUCAGAUCAUUUACUGAAGUGACUUUAACUCUGCAGGCCAUCGGUGAGAGGGGGGGGGUUCAGAAACACUGUAUUAAACUUGCACAUGUUUUAAUCCCAGGAAAAUCCUCUGAUUUUGUGUCGAUCUUUCUCGGAUUUUGUUUUUCUUCCUGGACUUCUUUUAAGCUCUGAAAAUGUGACUUUUCUCUUCAAAACACUACUACUUUUUUCCUCUUAAAUCACCAGUUGAAAUCUUUGUAAUUAAUGAAUUGUUAGCAACAAACAUUUGAACAGAAAAUAAAAUAUUAUCUGUUGUGCUUC